AUGACGUGCAAAGAUGUUCUUCUGCUUGUGUCGCUUCUGUACAUCUUCUGCGAGCUCGAACGGUCCUUGGGACAACGUGUAGCACAUCAAAGUCAAGACGUGCGAGAUACCUUCAGUCGGAAGGGUUCGAUGAGCAGAGACAUCGAUGACUAUCCUGCCAUCAUACAAGAAGCCAAUACAGUGUCUGUGCUGGUCGUACCGCGUCUAGAAGAAGGCACUUCCGAUUACUUGGAGCCGCUGGUGGCUAGAACCGAGAACCGGAAUAUUCACUUCAGGCCCGUGAAACCCAUAAUCAGUGAGAAACUCAACAAAUAUAUCGGAGGUUCGCCCGGCAGGGAGAAGCGUCAAGAUGAAGAGGAGCCCCUGCUACCGAAAACAGCGACCGUAUGUGAGACGCGUUACGACUGGGUUCUCCUGAACAGAACGUGGGAUACGGAGGGUCAGGAGGUCGAGAUUUAUCACGGCAAAUAUGCCCAAUACGUCCAUGUUUACUAUUGCGCCAAUAAAGGCGGCAGCUGUAACGGUAUCAGCGACGAAUUCACGAGCGAAUGUCUCGAAAAAGAGGCUUUUGCGAAAUUGUUAGUGAAGAAAGAACCGGGGGCAGACGGUCUCAAUUAUCAGUUGACAGCGGUACAGAUCCCGCAUCAUUGCUUUUGUCAACUAAUGAAAAAGACGGAUGCGUAGAAACCUCUGGGUAGAAACGAGUAUUCGGGAGGAGAUCACGGGCGACGUGAAGUGUUGAAAGUUCGAGCAGCGGCGAACGUACGACGAAUGUCACGAGCUGCGUCCUUACGCUUUGUUCUCGGUUGGAGCCACUCAUUCAGAUUAGUGACCGAAAAUUGGAUCGCAAGCUGAGGGAGCCUUACUCAUGUGUUUUUAGAAACUGUGCUAGCAUGAGGGUGAGCGGAGGAGACGCCGGAAAUGCGCUCUGUCUCCAGCAACCAAGUCCGGAAAAGUAAUCGGAAGCAUAAUAAAAGC